AUGGCAAGGAUAGAUAGAUUUGCUAAGAUGAUCAAAAAAGUUGAUGCGUUCUUGGACAAAAAUGCGACUUCAUUGAAGAGGCUAAUCAAGAAGGCAGCACAAGGGCAGGUGCUGGAGUCUGUUGUCUCGGAGCCGUCAGGCAAAGCAGUGCCGCAGAGCAGUGAACCGGUGCAAUCGAUGGAAUUUGUGGAAGAGGUUGAUGAACUUGAAGAUUCGAGCUCGAUGCAGGAUGAUCGAAGGAAAGCUGAUAAACGCAUUGAGAAAAACUCUGCUCUAGAUUCGAAACGCAGAAAGAAGAAGGAAGCACGAAUAGCAAAGACGAAGAAUCGUAAACGCUAUAAGGAAGCAGUGAAAAAGGUACACUCACAAGUCGGCACACUCCGUAAGGAAUUAGAAAAGUAUACUGGAGAAUCGAGAGGAAUUCGUGUUAGUACGGUAAGAUCCACGAAGCUCAUCGCAUAA